UGGAGCCCAUGGCUCUAAGGGGUCCCUCUGGGGGGCCGUGGCAGGUAGCACCCAGGACCCUCCAGCUGAGAUGGACAACCUGGAGGUGCUGGAGUCCACAGCCGAGGAAGUGCUGGGGAAACUGAAGAGCCACAAACUGUUCCAGUCCAUGUGGGACACGGCUGCCUUUGUUAUCUUCCUCACCUUCCUGGGCACUGUGUUGCUCCUGCUGCUGCUUGCUCUCCUCCACUGCUGCUGCUGCCACUCCUCCAGAUCCCAGAAGGUGCGAGCCAAGCAGCAGGAGGGGGAGUACGGCUGCCCCUCACCGUCCUAG